AUGGAUCGCCAAACCAGCAUCGCCACUCCGAAGUCCAGUCCGGCGACAUCUGGAGGAGAUCAGACUCCCUCUCCGUCUCCCACUAUCGGGCUUUUAUCACCUACUCCGUGCCCAUAUCGAAAGGCGACUUUAGUGGAAGACGACGCUUCAAAGGCAUCAUCAACUGGGCAAACCCAAGUAUCUCUCCAGAUCCGUACAGUCACCCCCCACGUCGAGGUCACAACGCCUCCCCAAUCGCUGCCGCAAUCGCCGGAACCGCGUUCUCCAGCCUCGGGAUUGCCAAGGGUCAUCGUCGUUUACCAGAACGGCUACCCCUCGCGACUGCGCUCCGUGUACGACAAGAAUGCCCGAAAAUACAUCUACCACCACACCAGAGACAGGCACAGGCAGAUCCGAAUGACCUUUGUACAGGGCAAGGUUGAGUCGAUCGAGGACGUUGCCACUAAGGAUCUCAUCUACGUCCGAGGCGUCACCCAUAAGCCCACCACUCGCCUUAUUACAUAA